GGAGGAAGAUGGCGGCCGCCCGGGGUUUAUCCCUGUCGGCGGCGGCGCUGAGAGCCGUCACCCCCUGGUGGAGGAGCAGAUGGGGGUCGCCAGGUGCCCCUCUGCUCGCGGGCUCAGCGUCCUCCCUUGCGCGUGGCAGGCUCCUCGGGGCUUCCGCCCGACCUCAGGCGCUUCGGGCAGCGUCGUCCUCCAGCCCCGAGGCUGGCGAAGGGCAGAUUCACCUCACCGCCAGCUGCGUCCAGAGGCUCCUGGAAAUCACCCAAGGCUCAGAAUUCCUCAGGCUGGAGGUGGAGGGAGGUGGAUGCUCCGGAUUCCAAUACAGAUUUUCACUGGAUACAGUUAUCAACCCGGACGACAGGGUAUUUGAACAGGGUGGGGCAAAAGUGGUGGUUGACUCUGAUAGCUUGGCCUUCGUGAAAGGGGCCCAGGUGGACUUCAGCCAAGAACUGAUCCGAAGCUCAUUUCAAGUGUUGAACAAUCCUCAAGCUGACAAAGGCUGCUCCUGUGGGUCAUCCUUCUCUGUCAAACUCUGAUUCGAUGACAGGUGACCUAGAGAUUGCUGCCAUUGGUACCAAUUGGAGGAACCUGGGAUUAGUCGAAUUUUAGUGGUUUCCUUCCAAUCAUGUCCCUCCCUCAAUUCAGGAUUGUUGUGUUUUGCCACCAUUAUUUUCAGAAUGUGAAGCUGUUACUCUUGACUUAAUUUCCCCUGCACAAUUCUAAAGCCAAGGCCCUAGAUGCCGUUACCUGAUUUAAUAACUAGUUGAAAUGCAGUGUAAUCUGUAGAGCCUCCAAGGUUCCAAAAUUUGAGUUACUUCUCUGGCCUUCAGAGGUGCUCAUACAUAUAUGUAAAACUAUGUAUAAAAGCUAUAUUUUACAGAAAGUCCUUAUUUACUUGUGUUUUGGAUCAGUCUUAGAUUAAGUAGCUUGAACACUUGUUACUAGGCCAGAGAGGAUGAGAAAGGCAAGUGAAAAGUUCUCAUCUUCAUCUCACCCUUCCUGAAUGUUCUCCUUGACUUAUCUUUAUUUCCUAUGCAGUUCGUGGUCUACUUCCCAUUUGUUAGGCAGAUACAUUUUCUCACACUCAGAAUUUUAUUUUAUUUUAAAUUUUAUUUUAUUAUUUUCAUCACCAUUUAUCCAUUCUAUGCCCUCUUACACGCUCAGAAUUUAGAUUCACAAAACCAAAAGCCCAUCACUCAGAAAACAGACCUAACUCCCACUGAUACCCUAAUUACUUGAAAAAUAGCCCCUGCAGUCCCACAGACAUUUCAAGAUUCUGUGAUCAUUUAGUGACUGAAUCUCUUAAGGGUAUGUUGCUUCACUUGCCUUAUGGCGUAAACAUCUCUGGUCUGUGCAUAGCAGGAACUGGUCCCUUUGUUGGAAUAGAUAACAGAUAACUCAGGGAUUUUCUUUUAGGUUGAAUUACCAGAUAAAAUGCAGGAUGCCCAA